AUCUGGCAACCCUUACUCUAGAUAACUUCGUUUUGCGCAUGCGCAGUACUAUCCGGGUUAUUGAAGAUGUCUUUCGCAAGAAGACUGCUCAUAAGCGCCCCUAAAAGAGCGUCGUUUCACCUUUUUAAAGUUGAGACCCUCAGAACAUGUUCAGCUCCUGUCGCCUCCGCCGCGCGCUACAGCAGCGCCUCCUCCACCAAAGAAGAGCUCCAGAGGCCCUCCAGCAGUCUAACGUUAGCUGAGAACAUCACUCUCAGUGAAUCCUGUGUCAAGAGGCUCGCUGAGAUUAUGGAAAAGGGAGAGUUUCUGAGGAUAGCAGUGGAGGGAGGCGGAUGUUCAGGAUUCCAGUAUAAAUUCUCCCUGGAUACUGCAAAAAACGAAGACGACAGAGUGUUUGAAAAGAAUGGUGUUGGGAUAAUAGUUGACCAGGACAGUCUGGAGUUUGUGAAAGGAUCCACCAUUGACUUCAGUCGGGAGCUCAUCCGUUCUUCCUUUCAGGUGUUGAAGAACCCACAGGCUGAACACGGCUGCUCAUGCGGCUCGUCCUUCUCUGUCAAAAUCUGACACCAUCACAGCGUUAUAGUUUAUGAAGUUGUUAACGCAUGCAUAGCUAUGUGCUUAUUGAAGAUCAGCCAAAAGCAUGAUAAGCUAACAUUAGGGGUUCUGAUAUGUUAAAUCUAUUUAUAUGACCACAGAUGACGCAAUAGAAAAAAAAAAAAAAAUCAUACCCUGCAGCUGUUAGUGUGUUGUAUAUAAGGAAGAUUGUAAAUAUAUUUCUAAUAAAGUUAUAAUAUAUGCCUGUAAAGAUUAUUGUUUUUUUGGGGGAAUAUUCUCAGGGUCAUUUGCGUAGUUUAUCAUUAUUCUGUUAUUUCAAUCACAGUGUUCAGAGGAAUCAUGUAAAUAUGAAUAAGUCAGCAUUUCUUAAGGUACAGCUCAGAUUUAAUGCAAGUAAUGUGUUUUUAUUAUUAAAUGAUAGAUUAAUCACAGAAUUGAAUCCGGGUUCAAAAGAAGUUAAGUUAAAAAAAUAAUUUUGACUGUCCUCAUUAUGAGUACAUUACUGUGUAAACUAUAUUUAGUGUUAUAAUUGAU